AUGGAUGGAGAGGAGAAAACCUAUGGUGGCUAUGAAGGCCCUGAUGCCAUGUAUGUGAAAUUAAUAUCAGGAACAAUAAAGGCCAUGUUGAGUGGUCCAGGUCAGUUUGCGGAGAAUGAAACCAAUGAGGUCAAGUUUAGAGAGAUCCCUUCACAUGCGCUAUCGAAAGUGUGCAUGUAUUUUACCUACAGUGUCCGAUAUACUAACAGCUCCACUGAAAUUCCUGAAUUCCCAAUUGCACCUGAAAUUGCACUGGAACUGCUGAUGGCCAAGAACUUCCUAGAUUGUUAA